AUGUUGGGUGGUGUGGCCGGAAGGCACAUGUCCAACCGGCGACGCGGCUCCUCACCGGCGGUUCGCAUCGCCGAUGAUGUGCCGCCUCUGCGCUACACCCGACGAAGAAGGGCCGUCACCACCUCGGACCAUAAAUCGUGUGCCCUCAUUCAGACACGUCUCAAACUCGGGGAUAUCAUGUAA